AUGACAACAACAAGCAUCGCCAAGUCGGCCGGCUUCUGGGCAGGUGGGCUUCUUCUUGGCCUCAGCAUACCGUAUCUUCCGAAUCUCUCAUCGCCUCAUCUCGCCUCCUUCAUCGGCGACUUCCCCAUCCCCGACCACCCCUUCCCUCACCACCACCCGAAACCACCCCCUUCGUCUGCGACACCUCCCACGCCUACCGCACCGAGCUCGUCUCCCUCGACCCCCCUAAUCAUCUACAUCCACAACAUCCUCACCCCCUCCGAAAUCACCUCCCUCCUCGCGACGGCCGAGCCCAAAUUCGCGCCCUCCCAAGUGACCAAGCACGGGCGCAAGCAACAAACCAACGACCGCACGUCCAGCUCGGCCGGCCUUCCGCGCGACGACCCCGCCGUGCGGUGCGUGCUCGACCGCGCGCGCACCUUCCUGGGCACCAUGCUGCGCGACGGCUGGGACGAGAUGGGCCCGCCGCAGCUGGUGCGCUACAGCGAGGGCCAGCGCUUCAACGUGCACCACGAUUGGUACGACGUCCCGCAGUGGGCGCCGGAUGGCACCACGCGCAAGUGGAAUCGCGUGGCGAGCUUCUUUGCCAUUUUGGAGGAUCAGUGUGAGGGUGGGGAGACGCAUUUUCCGUUUGUGGAGGGGAUUGUGCGGCCGAGUCCGUAUGGGGAGGGGAUGUGGAAGGGGGGGAUGAGGAGGAAGGAGGGGGAGAGGGAGGACGAGGUGAAGCCGUUGUGGAGGGAGCAUGAGGAGGGGGGGUUGGCGUUUAGGCCGGUCGCGGGGAAUGCGGUGUUCUGGGUGAAUUUGCAUGCGAAUGACACGGGGGAUAUGCGGACGAGGCACGCCGGUUUGCCGUUGGAGUCUGGGCGGAAGACGGCUAUGAAUAUCUGGCCGAGGCGGUACUACGCGUACGAGUAA